GCAGUUAGGGCGCAACUGUCUCUGUUGUCGGAAAUCUGUCAUCCAGGGAUCGAAUUCAAUCCACUUUUCUUCUUCAAAUUCUUCAUUUUUCAAUUUGUAUGAUUCCAUUCCCCUCAAUUUUGGGAAUUCUGAUUGCUCCUUUAAACUUUGCAAUCUCCAAUUUUUAUUUUUAUUUUUUCCUGGUGGUUUGGAAGUAUUCGAUUUGUGACUUGAAAAUUUAAACUUUUUGGAAUUUCGAUACUUGGGUUCCCUCCCAGGUACUUGAACAACAAGUGUUGAAGUGUUAGAUUAGAGCAAUGGAAAUUCCAAGUGCUGAAGAUGCUGGUGAUGUUGAUCAUGGAGGUGUUUCCCCCAAUGGAGAGGCAAUUGGUGAUCUGAGUAAUGGUACCACCUCAAAGUUAACAAACCUUGAAUUGAGUCUCGCAUGUUUCUCUGAGAAAGUUGCAAACUUGAGCAUUUUUGUGAUGCAUUUGGAGACUCUGGAGGGUGAAUUGGAGGCUUUGGUUUUGGAUAAAGAGAAUAUGGAUAUGGAUUGUUUUGGAAAGGGUAUGGAGUUUGAUCUGUUAUGUGGGUUGUUGGAUUCUGAGGCCAGAGAAUUGGAGGGGUUCUUGGACACCCUUCAUGCUGAGAUUGAUGAUGCUGGAGAGAGGGUGUCCUCUUGCAACCUCUGGCAAGACAAGUUGCGUGAUUGUGAACAAUGUUUGAAGCAGUCCGAGGAUCAGUUUUCUGAGAUUAAGAAGCAAUCUGUUAGAUUUCAGAGGACUUUGUCUUCUUAUAAGAGGGAAGAAAAUGAUAAUGUUGAAGAGGGUGAGAUCGUUAGGGAGGAUGAUCAAUCUUUGAAUGUAAACACAGUAAUAAAAAUGCAAACAAUUGAGCAACAAAGACAUAUUCUGAGGAUGCUAGAGAAAUCUUUAGCAAAUGAAAUGGAUCUUGAGAAGAAUUUGAAUGACUCAAGGCAAAUUGAAGAAAGGCUAAAACUAAGGAUAAUUUCUUUAGAGCAAGAGCUAAUUCUCAUGGAGGAAGAAGCAACUGAUGUUUGGGAAAGAUGGUUUGAGGCAGACAACGCAUAUGAGAUCCUGAUGGGAAUUUCGAGAGACCUGUUGGGUAGACUCCAGAUUUCUCAGUUCAAUUUAAAUGGUUUAAGUCAGCGUGAACGCGAGCUCAGAGCUAAGCUAGAAACUUCUAUAGAACAAUUGAAAGACAGGGAUGUUACUUUGGAUAAGAUUGAAAGCAGCAGUGCUGAAGAUAAACUAAUUCUUGUCAAUUCUGAGGUUGUCACUUUAAGUGACAAGGUGUGUUCACUUGAGAAGCAGCUAAAAGAAUCUGAAUGCCAGCUACUGAAUGUGAAGGCCUCUGCUGAUGAAUAUCAGAAACAGUAUAAUAUUAUGUGCUCUGAAAUAAGAGAGAUGGAAAACCUUAUUGUUGAACUGAAAAAUAAUGUAUCUAAUGCAGAAAGUCGGGCUAAUACUGCUGAAGCUGAGUGUAAAUUAUUGACUGAGACUAAUGAUGAACUCAACAAGGAGCUGGCUCUCUUGAAAGAUGGUGGUGGCACAUCUGAGAGGGUAGAGUCGCUUGAAAGGCAGCUAAGGGAAUCUGAUUUACAGCUGCAGCAUGCAGAAGCUUCUGCUGAAGCUAGUCAAGAGAAGCAAAGUAUGUUGUGUUCCACAAUUAAAGAUAUGGAACAUGUGAUAAAGGAUCUUAAGUCAAAGGUUUCUAAAGCUGAGAGUCGUGCUGACAAUGCAGAGGAGAAGUGUAUCAUAUUAUCUGAAUCUAAUGCUGAUUUAAAUGAGGAAGUAAGCUUCUUGAGGAGUAGAUUGGAAUGCUUGGAGGGAUCGCUGCAUCAAGUGGAGGAAGCAAAAGUGGCAACUGCAAAGGAUAUUGGAAAGAGGACCAAAGUUUUCAAAAAUUUGGUAACACAACUGGCUGUUGAGAGAGAGCGUCUUAAUAAGCAGCUGUCUUCCUUAGCAAGUGAGAACAAAAUUUUGAUAGUGAAGCUAAACCAGACAUAUAAGGAUCCUUCUCAAGAAGUUGGUGUGACUUUGGUCUCUGAUAACGAGGUGGACAGGACUUGGAAAAAUUUAUCUGCAAAUGAUGAUGAAGUAAAGUUUGCUGAUUCUAUGCCAGAUGUUGGGACUGUACGCAGAAUAGAUGCAGGAGUUCUUAAUUUUAAGCACUUAUUCAUAUUAGUGUUUGCCUUACUGGUUUCAGCUCUGACUUAUCUGUAUUUCGAGGACGUCAAUGUUGAUGUCAGUCUAUGAAUGAACUGAUGUGAGGAAUUCACCUUCUCCUUCUUUCUUUCUUUUUUUCUUUCUAUUAGGUGGGGAGAUUGAUGGAGGGAUAAGAUGGCAGAACAAAGCAUUGUGUAAUAAUCAAAUUUUGUUCUAAGGGAGAAUAUGAUUUUCUAACAAGUUUUGAGACUAUACUUUUCUUUUAUAACCAU